AUGGGAUCCCAAUUGGUCUCGUCAAAGGCGCCGUGGGAGGAUGUCCUGGCCGAGGAGCAGCUGUUUGUCCUUAUUACAGGUGCCAACAGCGGUAUUGGUCUCAGCAUCGGCGAACGCCUCAUCGACGAAUUCCUCUCCACGCGCUCCCUAAAGUCACACCUCAUCCUCAUCCCCACUACCCGCUCCAAGUCCAAGUCCCUGCAGACGAUCCGAUCCCUGCGCAGCUACGCCCAGCGCGCCGCCCAGACCUCGACCGCCCUACGAUCUCGAGUCGGCGAUUCGUACCGUUGGGAGGACACAGUUGCGCGCAUUCAUGUGCUGAGCUUGCAGCUCGACCUGUGCGAUUUGCGCCAGGUGUAUACUUUUGCCGAAGAGCUGGUGCACAGACCCGUGAGCAACCCUGAGGGCUUGGAGGGUGAAUAUCUUCGAGAUGUGCGCAUUCCGAGGAUCGACACGGCUGUUUUCAAUGCGGCCUAUGGUGGCUGGUCGGGUGUUAAUUACCCUCUGGCCAUCUGGGUCAUCUUGACUCGGGGCUUGGUGCAGUCCGUGACUUGGCCGACGUUCAAGAUGGCGCUGCCAACGUGCAUCCUGAACGAGCGGCCCGAGUAUGGCCUUCCCGAGAAACCAUUGCUCGGCGAAGUCUUUACUGCCUGCGUAUUUGGCCACUACAUCCUCGCCCACCAACUCCUCCCCCUCCUCAGCCGACGAUCAGAGUCCGAAGCCCCAGGCCGUAUCGUCUGGUCCAGCAGUCUCGAGGCAGUCCGCAAUGUCUUUGACACUUCCGACUUCCAAUGCUUCAAGGGUGAUGGUCCUUACGAGUCUGCAAAGCGGCUUACCGAUGUUCUUUCUCUUACUGCAACCCUUCCCUCAACCUCGAUCUACUCGAACCGCUUCUUCACACCUGACGACCCAGAAGAAGCUAGUGAAAAGCCCAUCCGCCCUCGUAUGUACUUGACCCAUCCCGGUAUCGUCGCUAGCACGCUCUUUCCCGUUCCGUGGUUCCUCAUGUGGGCAUACGAACUGGCCCUGGUUAUAAGUCGAUGGCUAGGCUCCCCAUGGCACACUGUCGAUAGCUACAGCGGAUCCAAGUCGCCCGUAUGGAUUGCCCUCCAGGAACAGUCGACCCUCGAUGAGCUGGACGCCGAGAAGGUUAAAUGGGGCAGUAGUUCAAACCGUCACCUUCAAGUCGAGGUAAAGAAGACCGAGGUCGAAGGUUGGGGCUGGGAAGGCAAGGUGGAGGAUGCAACAUCCUUCAAGGAGGACACAGCUGUGGGUGUCUUUAGGAAGACAAUUGGAAGGAAGAGGGGAGCAGUCGAUGUGACCAAGGAGGAUAUUGUCGAGUUUGAAGAGUUGGGCGUCGAGACGUGGAAGAAGAUGGAAGAGCUGCGAGACACAUGGACACCUUUUGCUCGAGGGGGAACUGUAUGA